AAGUCAUCAUUCAACGCGUCUUCCAGUUCGCGGGAAAUUGAAAAACAACAGCGGCACCAUGAAGACCUUCGCACCCCUGCUGGCAACACUUCUGCUGGCCGGAUUCGGGACGGCCCUGCAAUGGUGGGAGCACGGAAACUUCUACCAGGUGUACCCACGCUCGUUCAAGGAUUCCGACGGGAACGGCAUUGGCGAUCUGGACGGAGUCACGGAGAAGCUGCAAUACCUGAAGGAUAUCGGCAUGGACGGGAUUUGGCUGUCGCCGAUUUUCGCUUCCCCGAUGGCUGAUUUUGGGUAUGACAUCUCGGACUUUUACAACAUUCAAGGAGAGUACGGAGAUCUGGCGGCAUUCGAGCGGCUGUCUGCAAAGUGCAAAGAGUUGGGAUUGCAUUUGAUCUUGGACUUUGUGCCGAACCACACGAGCGAUCAGCACGAGUACUUCAAGAAGUCGGUACAAAAAGAAGCCCCGUUCACGAAUUACUACGUGUGGCAUCCGGGUGUAACGAACGAAGAUGGAACUAAAUCGCCACCAUCGAACUGGAUCAGCGUGUUCCGAGGUUCUGCGUGGGAAUGGAACGAGGAUCGUCAGGAGUACUAUCUGCAUCAGUUCUUGAAGGAGCAACCCGACCUGAACUACCGCGACCCGGCUUUGGUGGAAGAGAUGAAGAACGUUCUCAAGUUCUGGCUGAAUAAGGGCGUUUCCGGGUUCAGGAUCGAUGCCGUACCUUACCUGUUUGAGAGUAACGAGGUGGAAAAUCGUUACGUUGAUGAACCUUUGAGCAGAGCUACGGAUGAUCCGGAAAACCCUGCCUACCUUAUUCAUGACCAAACUAUGGACCAGCCGGAAACCUACGACAUGAUCUACCAGUGGCGUGCCGUGCUGGAUGAGUUCACCGCCAAGGACAACCAAACAAGAAUCAUGAUGACCGAAGGUUACACGAGCAUCCCGUACGUGAUGAAGUUCUUCGGCGAGGGCGAACGAAACGGUGCCCAAAUCCCGUUCAACUUCCAGAUGAUCAGCAACUUGCGCAAGGCAAGCACCGCCUCGGACUUUGCCCGUUACGCGAACCUUUGGUUGGACAACCUUCCAGCGGGACGUCGCUCCAACUGGGUGCUCGGAAAUCACGACAACAACCGUAUCGGAUCGCGACUCGGUGAAGCCAAGAUCGACCUGUACAACAUCGCCCUCCAAACGCUUCCGGACAUUGCCGUCACGUACUACGGCGAGGAAAUCGGCAUGGUUGAUCAACCGAUCCCGUUCAACGAAACCGUCGACCCGGCUGGUCUUCGUGCUGGUCCCGACGACUACGCGCUGUACUCGCGAGACCCCGCCCGUACGCCCAUGCAGUGGAACAGCGAUAAGAACGCUGGCUUCUCAUCCGCCGACAAGACCUGGCUCCCAGUGGCCAGCAACUACAAGCAACUGAACGUGAAAGCCCAAGAUGCCGCCCAGAAGAGCCACCUGAAGCUGUUCAAACGGUUGACCAAGUACCGCAAGCGCCAGAUCCUAACCCACGGUGACCUGGACCUCAAAACCACCGACUCCAACCUGGUCCUGUACAAGCGCAAGGUCGACAAGGUCGGCUACGUGGUGGUCGUGCUGAACUUUAGUAACGAGCCGCAAAGCUUGGCCGCCAUCAAGCAGCAGUUCCCCGGCGCCGACGACAGACUCCAGGUGGUCGCUUCCUCCAAGCUGGUCACAAUCAAGGACAGCAAAUGGAUCAACGUGGCUGAUACGCAGCUGCCCGGUGAAAGUGCCAUCGUCCUGCAGAAGCUGUGGGGCCCCAAUCCGAUCGUCGUGUACGAGGCCUGAGGACGCGGACAUUCCGGCCCAGAUGUAUUAAAAAAUAUUGCACACUUAUAAUAGACGCACUUCAAUAAAUUAAUCCCCCUGCACAGAGCACUGCACAGCA